CCGUUGUAAUUGCAUGAAAUAUCACAGAACAGUGAAAACUGGAAUUCAAAAUGGCAUCCAUAGCUGGUUUUAUCCUAAUGGCUAUACUUUGCACUGCUAACUGCAAUCCGUUGGCUGAAAUUCUGCCCAACGUUGCGACCACCGUCUGCGAGUCCACGCCCAACAUGCUGGCCAACCUUGGGCUGGGCGUUGGGCCGUUGGGCUUGAAUCUGCCAACGUCGUUGGGCCUGCAGCUGUUGACGCAGAGCAUGAUGCCAAGUUUGGGGCAAACAACGGUCUGUGAUUCCAAAACCAACGUUGGAUUGCCUGUUCUGUCACCAUAUGGACUACCUAUGAAUACAGGUAUGCCGUCUCAAACGCAAACCAUCUGCGAAAGCGCCUCAAACUUACCCGUACCUUACGGACUAGGUUUACCCGGUCUAAUUAAAGGGCUUAACUUACCCGGCCUAGUUAACAAUAACAUACCUAGUUCCAGUACAACUGUCUGCGAAAGUACCAAUAACCCUGUAUCACCAUUAAACUUACCUCUCGGUUUAUCUGGAAUGCUUGGAGGCGGUUUACCUUUUGGCGGACUUAAUUUACCUUUCAACGGGCUUGGUUUACCUAUGAAUGGGCUUGGUUUACCUAUGAACGGACUCGGUUUAUCUAUGAAUGGUCUUGGUUUACCUAUGAACGGACUCGGUUUAUCUGUGAAUGGGCUUGGUUUACCUAUGAAUGGGCUUGGUUUGCCUAUGAAUGGGCUUGGUUUACCCUUGAACGGACUCGCUGGGCUUGCGGUUAAUCCGUUGGGCUUACCAAUGUUGUAAUAAGGUUGAAAUUAUUACUAUUGCUAUUCUAUACCUGGAAUAGUUAGCUUUUGGAUGUAACGGUAAAUAGAAUAGACGGAUCUAGCGCCUUUAUGUGUAUAUAAGGAUAUGUCAACACAGCAGAAACUUUUUGUUAAAUUAUUUAGAGUAUUUUUUUUCGAAACAAGGUAUCGGAACCUUGUUUAAAAAAAAACUAAGUGUGGUACUCGAGGUCUGUCGCGGUAAAGCUAUGGCAUAGCAUUUUUUAUCAACUUAUGCAAUUAUAAUUAUUUGCAGCUAGUUUACGCACACAAACACUAGUGCCGAAGUCUGCCGGGCUGAGACGACGUUAGAGGAUCUCAGUGUUAGGUUUAUUUUCGUUACGGAAUUCCUUGAUUCGCACGCCGCGCUCAAAAGUUGCGAUAAAAGCUAUGCAAUAGUUAAACUGUUAUGUGAUAAUAUAUCACAGGCAUAUAAUAAUUUAAUAAUAGUUAUAUGUUUCUCUUUGUAUUGAUACCUUCAGUACUAUACAUCGUUAUGUAUGUCUAAUACUUGUCUGUAUAGUCCUUUUCAUAAAAGAAGUCCCCCAGAGGCGCGCUUAGGCACUGAUUUUUCAAUACUUUCCUUUGGUGCGGUACGAGGUCCAUCGACCUCGUAACUCUUGGAGGCGCUAUAUGUACGAGGUCAAUUGACCUCGUAUUGCAGCGACCGAAUGACGCUCAUAAUCAUUUAGUAAUGGCAUUGUGUAAGGCGCUGUCAAUUUUAGUUCAGGUUAAAUCCGCGGGACUUCUUUCAUGGAAAGGACUCUACUGUAACUCUAGAACAUUCAGAGCUAAGCCGUCUUCCAAAAGCAAAUUUUUUUUACAAAUAAACGGGUCUAUAUUUAAGGUAAACGUUUUGAAAAUGGUCUCAUAUAUUUAAGCAAGCAUAAUAAAACACUUUGGGCAUACUCUGAUGAAUUUAUUAAUAAACAUUAUAAAGAGUCCUUAUCUUAAUGGUUGCUCUCAUCGAAGGUUACAGGUUUGAUUCCCUGGUUAGGCUUUGAGAUACUGAUUUAUACUUUCUUCCUUUAAACUCGACGGCUCCGUGGCGCAGUGGUAUGCGCAGUGGAUUUACAAAGCGGACGUCUUCGGCCGUGGCUAGUUACCCUACCGGCAAAGACGUACCGCCAACGAGUUUAGCGUUUCGGUACGGUGCCGUGUAGAAACUAAAAGAGGUGUGAAUUUUCAUCCUCCUCCUAAAAAUUAGCCCACUUCCAUCUUAGUGAGAUGAGAUUGUAGUCAAGGGUUAACUUGUAAAGAAUAAAAAAAAACUCCCAGUAUUUUUUUCUAUUGUCGUUCUCACUCCUAACCGGGUUUGCAACUAAUGAUGGGUAAUAUUAAUUAAUUUAUUAAAUACAGUUAAAGGUAAUAUUGGUCAAAUUGAAAUAGCAUGUAAAAUGUUAUUUAUAUACCGGUUAUUACAUAUUGUAAAAAAUUUAUAUUUUUGCUUUUUUUAUCAAUUUGUUUUUUAAAAUAUACCUAAUCUACUCAAAACUGUAAUGUGUAAUAUUAUACUAUGUCAGUAUGUCCAAAGACAAAAAAAAUGUUUAUUUGCAGAAUUUAUAUGUUAUAUGUAUGUAAUUGGUGUAAAUAAAUGAUAUA